GGUUGCAACUUCGAGACAACAUUUCAUCUCAUAAUUGUCUGAAUUCGAUAACGAGAGCAUCUCCGUGGAUUCUCAUGAACAUAAAGGCAGCCGUUUGCAUGUUAAAUAUGUCAAGGUACGCCCAGCCCAAACUUCUCGUGCGUUUAAGUUGGUUUGAUUCAAACGAAUACCGAGUUCUGGUACAUUGAAAGGUUCCGACUAAGAAGUAUCCAUGCAGCACAUGCUCCCCAAGAUCAUUUGAUAGCCCUGCUCAUUCAGUGAUCCUCUAAGAUUCAAGUUUCAAUUGUUCUUUCAACCAGACUUGGGAGAGCAUGGUUGGUAUCAACAGUAGUUAUUGAUGCUAUCUCUUGUGCUGUAGCAGUGUCCUAUUUUUCACCAGUACUCAAGAUGCGUAGCUGGUCUAAAAAUGAUAUUCACGGGAACUACCUUGGCUACCGGAAAACCAUUGGAACAAUUUUGGAUUUGACGUAGUAAUUACAUUUCUCCGUGAUCUCUCGUUCACAGGAGGAUAUUCGUUUCGUAUAUAAGACUUUACAUCAACUAUGUUGUCCCUCUCAGCGCUAGUCUUGCUUCUUCCCCUUGUUUCCUCUGCUUUAGUCCUGAACGAACGCCGGACCACUGUCGAUACCUCUGUCAUUUGCGGACAAUAUGACAGCGUUACCGCGGGGCAAUACUCUCUGAACACAGAUCUUUGGGGCGAGUCCGAUGCUACAUCGGGCUCUCAAUGUUCACAGCUCGUGUCUCUGAGCGGUACUACGGUUGCGUGGACGACGAACUGGACGUGGACGGGCGGUUCGAGCGUAAAGAGCUUUUCUGACAUUCAGCUUGAUGACGGCAUCAACCAACAGCUUAGCGCGAUUUCGAGCAUGCCUACUACCUGGGACUGGUCUCAGGCCAGCACUGGAACAGUCGUAGGAGACGUUGCAUACGACUUGUUCACGUCGGAUACUUCUGGCGGUUCUAACGUCAACGAGAUCAUGAUUUGGCUUGCAAACUACAAUUCUGGUCCUAUUUCAGCUGAUUAUAACUCCAGUGGUGAUGCUGUACCUGUCGCAACCGGUAUUGCACUCGGCGGAUAUACCUGGGACUUGUAUUCCGGAUCCAAUGGCGCCAACAAUGUUUUCUCGUACCUCCCGAGUAGCGGCACCAUCCAGAGUUUCAGCACGGACAUUUAUCCAUUCUUAACUUACCUGGUUGACAAUGAAGGAGUCAGCACCUCGCAAUAUCUCACAACUGCUCAAGCCGGAACAGAGGCGACUACUGGAACUGCCACUUUGACCACAUCUGCUUAUAGCUUGUCUAUUAACUAAAAGACGUCCUUGAGCCAGCUGUUUCUGCGCGUUCGACAUUGUAUAUUAGUCUU